CGUCAUCCAGCCGCUGCUCUGCGCCGUCUACAUGCCCAAGUGCGAGGACGGGCAGGUGGAGCUGCCCAGCCAGACGCUGUGCCAGGCCACGCGCGCGCCCUGCACCAUCGUGGAGCGCGAGCGCGGCUGGCCCGACUUCCUCAAGUGCACGCCGGAGCGCUUCCCCGAGGGCUGCCCGAACGAGGUGCAGAACAUCAAGUUCAACAGCUCGGGGCAGUGCGAGGCGCCGCUGGUGCGCACCGACAACCCCAAGAGCUGGUACGAGGACGUGGAGGGCUGCGGCAUCCAGUGCCAGAACCCGCUCUUCACCGAGAAGGAGCACCGCGAGAUGCACGUCUACAUCGCCGCCUUCAGCUCCAUCACCAUCUUCUGCACCUUCUUCACGCUGGCCACCUUCGUCGCCGACUGGAGGAACUCCAACCGCUACCCGGCCGUGAUCCUCUUCUACGUGAACGCGUGCUUCUUCGUGGGCAGCAUCGGCUGGCUG